CUCGUUGUGUGAGGGAGUGAGCGGGCGGCUGUUCUGGACGAUUUUCGGGAUGGUGUUUGUUGCCACUUGUCUUUAGUAGUGUUUCGGACGCUUUCGCUGUCGGUGGCACGUAUUUUCGGGUUUCCGGACACACGGUCGUUUCGUUGGUCGAGUUUCAGUGUUAACAGACGGCGGCGUUUAAUAGCUUGGUGAUAUGAUCUGUAAUUAAUUAGGAAGCUUGUCUGAACUCUGUUAGAGUUUUUAGUGUGUUGUAUUACUUUUUUCUGGUCUUCUCAGGAGUGUUGAUAACGAUUGACAGAUUUCAAAUUUGGUCGGUCGGGUAGAUCAAACGGGUGGCUCAUCUUGUCAGUUGGUGAUAAGUCAUUCGGUGUAGAUAGCGGUGUAGUGUUGUGUCAACAGCGCGUCUGGAAUUCGUCAACGGGCGAUGUGAAACAACGGCACUCGAAACAGGAGUUGGGGUUCUGUGAAGCUUGUCCGUCCAAGGAGUGGGAUGGGAGCAACGAAACGUGGUUGAAGCAGGAGAACGGGGUGAAUGGUCUGGUCUUGUGCGUAACGAGCCGAGUGUCGGCGGCAGUGAAAAGAAGAUCGAGUUUUAUUGCAUUCAAGUGCGAAGAGUAGAAUGUUGCAAAUUACGCCAGCAGUAGAGCUCUGUUCUGUGAUGUAUCAACGGGUCCACGUGGUAGUGUGAGUGAGCAAGAGUAUCUAUAAAUAAAUAUCGUAAGAGGAGUCGGCGGCAAAGAAGAAAGUAGCGGCUCAAAGCACCGAUGUCCAUCAUCAUAUGGCAGCGGGCAGCGAUGAAGUGGUGUUGGUGUUGAAAGUGGCCUCUAAGCUGUAGGCUCGGCUUUUGAUGUUUCGUUCAUUGCGUUUUGAGAAUGGUUGUGUGUGAGUGUUAAAAUAACAACACUACAAAAGACGGGGUGUGAGGAGUUUAAUAAAGUUAAGGUCCAUACAAAGGAGAGCAAGAAGCCCCGUGAAGAAUCCCAUUUCAGGAAAUGGCAAAAAUGCGUUUGAUGAUGAAAGCCUUUGUGCUGGUGUUAAGCUAUGCAAACUUCGGAUUACCUAUUCAGCAAGAUUCCUACGGGGGUCAUGAAAUUUCCAGCAUUAGUUCGGAUGACUUUCAGCACCACAAUCGGUGCGAGCUCAUCACGAUUCCGUUCUGUACCGAUAUCCAGUACAACAAAACCAUCAUGCCAAAUCUAAUUGGCCACAACAAGCAAGAGGAAGCUGCCCUCGAGGUCCACCAAUUCAUACCCCUCGUCAAAAUCGACUGCAGUCCGGAUCUGAAGUUCUUUCUGUGCACUCUGUAUGCACCUGUCUGUACGAUCCUCAACCAUCCCAUCCCACCCUGCCGGAGCCUCUGCGAAAGUGCCCGCGUAUGCGAGACCAUCAUGCGAACGUUCGAUUUUCAAUGGCCUGAAAACCUCGAAUGUACCAAAUUUCCCGAAGAGGGCAAAGAGUUGUGUGUCACGCCAAACAAUUCAUCCGAAAGCACACCGAUGCCACCGAAUUCUAUGCAUCACACGACCAAACAUCAUCACCAUCAGCCGACGCGGAAGGGCAGCAGCUAUGGAGGCAUGGGGGUCAACUCGGUGGGGAUGGGCGUUGGAAUGGGAGGAGGGCUCGGUGGCACUGGACACCGGGAUUUGGGAUUCAUAUGUCCGGUUCAGCUGAAAGCACCGACCAUUAUGGGAUAUCAACUGACCGUUGGCGGAAAGGUCACUAAAGAUUGCGGAGCCCCGUGCAAUUCGAUGUUCUUCUCCGAGAACGAGCGAACCGUGCUCAAAUACUGGGUCGGAUCUUGGGCUGCGGUUUGCGUGGCCAGUUGCCUGUUUACGGUGCUAACAUUUAUGAUUGAUUCCUCCCGCUUCCGCUAUCCGGAACGUCCUAUAGUUUUCCUAGCCAUUUGCUAUCUAAUCGUGGGAUGUGCUUACGUCGCCGGCUUGGGAGCUGGCGAUACCGUGGCUUGCCGGGAACCCUUCCAGCCUCACAUCAAACUUGGCCGGAUGCAUAUGCUAUCGACAAUCACCCAGGGUCAUCGGCAAUCGACGUCGUGCACGGUGCUGUUCAUGGCCCUGUACUUCUGCUGCAUGGCCGCCUUCGCCUGGUGGGCUUGUUUGGCCCUGGCAUGGUUCCUGGCCGCUGGCCUCAAGUGGGGUCACGAAGCAAUCGAGAAUCGAUCGCAUCUGUUUCACUUGGUGGCCUGGGCGAUCCCGGCAGUUCAAACCAUUUUCGUACUGGCGCUUGGGAAAGUCGAAGGUGACGUCCUUUCCGGUGUAUGUUUCGUGGGCCAGCUGGACACCCAUUCGCUUGCCGUGUUCCUGUUGAUUCCCCUGUGCAUCUACCUGUCGGUGGGCGCUCUGUUCCUGUUGGCCGGAUUCAUUUCCCUGUUCCGCAUCCGGACCGUGAUGAAACACGACGGAACUCGGACGGAUAAACUGGAACGGUUGAUGCUGCGGAUUGGAUUUUUCAGCGGUCUCUUCAUUCUGCCAUCGCUCGGCUAUUUGGGCUGCCUGUUUUACGAGUAUUACAACUUCGACGAUUGGAUGGUCCAGUGGAAUCGGCAGAUGUGCAAGGUAUUUUCGAUUCCCUGUCCAACCGGGGCGGGGCUGAAGCACCUGGGACUGGACGAUGAACGGCCCAUUUUCCACAUCUACAUGGUGAAGUACGUUUGCUCAAUGCUCGUCGGAGUUACUUCCAGCGUUUGGUUGUGUUCUGGAAAAACGGUCAACAGCUGGAGGCAGUUUGCGGAAAGGCUGCAGGGAAAAGAUAACCGAAGUCGGGGAGCAUACGUUUGAAAUUGCUGGUCUUGUGCUUAAAUUUGCGUAGAGCUCGUGAGAUUUGGUUACUAGGUAAAGAGAUUGUAUCUAGGUAUUUCAAGAACGGCAUUAAUUAGGUUCAAUGGAUUACGGCGAUUCUGAGUCAGUGAUUUUUUAAGUAGAACUUUAGUCUCAUAAAGUAUAGCAAAUGUUUACACAUUGCGGAUCAAAUACGAGAUAUCUCUUUUUUCACUUUUCGCGAAUGUGCUACUCUUGAUGCGUGUGUUAACUCUUAUAAGUUUAAAUGAAACGUUACAAAUUAAAUAAUAAAAUUCUAUUUAACAAAAUUGAAAUCAACACUUUCAGUAAUUGAAGAAGACUAAAUUUGUAAAAUUUGGUCCAAUGGGUUUUGUUCGCGGCCCUUAAUGGGUUGAACUGAAUUCAAAACUAUUCAAACAUUUCUCCCAUAAGAACAACAGGAUUUAAUUUUUUUUAUUCUUGAGCUGACUGUAGAUUUUUGAAUCCUUAUAUGCCAAAAAAUCAAUCCAAUUUCGUCCAACUUGAACCACGUGACUUAUAGAUUUCCCGAUCGGUUUCUAACCGGAUUCGGAUAAGUGACAACUACAAUACAUAGCUCGAGUAAAGUCCUGUGAAAAAAAAAUAAACAAACAGAUAUCCUACAUAACAUUGCUUUAAAAUAUUCCCAAGUGCUUAAGCCUGCUUGCAGCUAAAACUACUGUUUCUGCUUUCAUAUGUAAAUACAAUUCAUUCAUGACAUUUUAGAACGAGAUGAUUAUCAUUUAGAACUAAUUGGUAGAUUAAAUCCCAGUAGAAAGUCUUAGAGUGUAUUUGUUAAUGAUAGACUGAUUAUUUUGAACCUAGAGAACCUUACUGUGCUAGAAGUGCUCCUGCUGCCAACAGCUUGUGCAAUGUGAGUAAAUGAAAUCAAAAUUAGUUUAAUUGAUUAAGUCCGAUAGAAUCAAAUUGUUCUCAAUUUGUUUUUUAAAGCUAUCAGUUUCCAACAAACAACAAUUUUUUUCAAAAGCAUCAAAUUUCAGGCUUGAAAAGUUUGAGAGUAAACCAGUUUAGUUCAAUCAAUAAUAUUUACCUGAUUCACUUAACGCACAGAUAUAUGUAUUCCAAUCAAACCAACCUUCACGCCAGACAUACAGAUGUUCAUCUAUAGUCUAAAAAUUCAAAAAAAAAAUUUUUUUUUCAUUAAGUUUCCUAGGCAAAUUAAUUUUUCAAAUGCCAUUAUUAAUUAGAAGCAAGAGAUUUGAUUCGAAUUGCGUUCAUUAGUUUAAGCUAGAAUUCGUGAAAAAUAAGCGAUGUAAAUAUGUACAAAUCUU